AUGCCAGUUGUGACAGAAUUUGAAAGGUAUAAGGACGAAAAGGGUGUUCAAAGAUGUAAAAGUAAGCAUUGUGAUGGCGGGAAUUACAAGUGCGAAUCAGGUGGUUAUGGGACCAAAAAUCUAGGUUAUCAUUUAACUAAAUGUAAAGCUUACUUGGCUAAACUUAGUGGUGGGCAAAAACAACUAGCUUUCCAAUAUGGUGAUGAAAACAAAUUGUUAACUUGGAAAUUUGGUCAAAAUGAGAGUCGGAAGGCUCUAGCCCACAUGUUAGUAGUUGACGAACUUCCUUUUAGCUUUGUAGAAGGUGUGGGCUUUAGGUAUUACAAUAUUGUUACUCAACCAUUGUUUAAAGUUCCAUGUAGAAGUACAAGCACAACAGCUGAGAGAAGAAGACGACUGACCAAAGUUUCCACACUGAAUCACCGAUACCUCCACCGGUGGUGCCCAACAAAAGCCCUAAAACCUAUUUCAAUCGUCUGCGCCUCCAUCUCCACUCUCAACUACAUAUCGACUGCGAUUUUCUCCUUCUUUCUAUCGAUUACUUCUGUUUCGACACCACCGACGAACAUCUCCAAUCAUGCCAUCCCAACACAGCUCCAAACGAUAGGAGAUUGCAUUUUUCCUGAUAAUGAAAGAAGUAGCCCUUUUCUCGUGCAUCCAACGACAACGACAACCUUUCCACCAUCUCCAUCUGUGACCGCUUCCACUUAUCCCCAUUAUCCAAAAAGUAGAGAAGCUCUAAUCGAAAUCAUCGGCGUUUCAGCGCCCUUCAACCCACCACGCUUCGCCGCUUUCUCUCAUGGCCGACCUAAAUUGUCCAAUCGUUCAAGGGCCUGUAGUGAAUUUGAUGCACAUAAAGCUUAUUCUAACUACGAAGCAGCCUCUUGUGAACAAUUUAGAACCGCAUUUCAGGAUGAAUCCCAAUCGGGGAAGAGGCCAUCUUUCAUAUAGGGGUGGUUAUAAUAGAGGUCGAGGAAAUCGUACGGCUUCAAGCAGUUCUUAUAGAGCUGGAACUUCAUCACAAGCAAACAAUCAGCCCCUUCCAGUUCCUGGAAGCCCAUUAUAUGAGGAAUUUAAAGCAUUUCUGGAAACAAAAAAGGAAAAUAUUCCUAGCUUCGCUCAAAUGAUUACAGAUGGUGAAACCAUCAAUGAUAAUUUUGAAUAUAAAGAGUCA